UUGCACAGCGCCGCAUGGCUGCCGCACCUGUCCUCAGUCUUUCCGGCUUCCUCCUAUCUCAUAAGCAUAACAAGCACCGGAUGCUUGAGCAAAGCCAGUCCGCUCCCGCGCCAAACCGCGCUCUGCUUUGCGUACGUGCAGAAGCCGGUGCGCGGCAGAGGGGCGGGGCUGCAACCCGAGCGUGCGUUCCUGGGCUGAGGCUGCCCGUCCUGGCAUCAGCUACGCCAGCAUGCCCGAGGAAGCAGCGCUCCAGAAGCCCUGCCGCAACUUCUCGCGACAAGUGUACUGAAGAAGAGCAACAAUGCUGCUGUGGGACAGCAACCCCGAGCCUCGCGGCCCGAGCCCUCUCUUGAAAGCAGGGACCGAAGUGAACCUGGCGGCCGCCGCCUUUGUCCAGUCUCCAGCUCAUCUCGCAGCCGGUGGAGGCCAUGCCUUCUUCCUGCUUUGGCAGUUCCAGACAGGAGCCAAUCUGGACCAACAGGAUUGGCUUGGAGAAACUCCAAUCCAUAAGGCAGCGAAAGUUGGGAGUUUGGAAUGUCUGACUUUACUAGUGGCCAGUCAGGCGAGCAUUGACUUGCGCAAUAAUAAUGGUCAAACAGCAGAAGACCUUGCACUGGCUUUUGGAUUUUUGGAGUGCGCCCAGUUCCUCAUGAGAGUGAAGCAGAUUCAGAGCAAGAAAGCAGAAGCACAGUGUGACUCUUCCUUGCAUGACAGCGAUGAAUCCAUCCAUACAGAUGCCACCACAAGACAGAAACGAGCAUGUGAAAUGAAUAGACCCAUCGGCAAAAAGAGAAGGAAAUCAAAUGGUAAGGGGGUUUCUUCAAAGCACAACAUUAAAGUCUAGUGCAAUUAAAUUGCACUAGUGAAAUUUCAGCCUGAUUGAACAUCUGUCAAAUUGAUUAUUUACUAUCUUGUACAUUGUCAGAACUAGUUUGGGGGGACCUCUUAUUUAAGGAAACAUGGUACAGUAAUAUACAAAGUGCUUUACCCACAUCCAAAAACAGCUAUAAUUAUAUUUUGAUCCAGGGAUAUAUAACUUGAUGAAAUAAGUAAUGUGGUUGUGUAGCGGCCUUAGGGCUGAGCAUACCACCUUUUCAAGGAAUGGAUUCUGUGGCGGCUACUAUCUCCUUUGACAUUUUGAGGAUAUAGCUCCAAACUUUCCUUUUUAAAUCUAAAACAUAUAGCUGUACUCUUAUGAAUUUAUUAGUUUUGUAUACUUAUUGCUUUCUCUCUCUUUUCUAAGUUUUCUGUUGAUAAUUGCCAUUUUUAAUGUGGUGUUCAGCACUCUAGGAAUUUUAAUCAGUUUAGGAUGCAAUUUUGUAUGUCUACUUAAAGAUAAAUUCUGAGUUCAGUGAAACUUAAUUCUAGGCAAAUGGAUACAGCCUUAGUGAUAAUUUUAUUGUUAACAUUCUUUUUGUACCCUGCCCUCAGUCAGUACUUGUUGGAAAAAUAAUUAAAAUAUCUA